AUGAAGCCUCCUGGCAUUACUAAGGAGCAAAUUAAACUCAGAGCCUUCCCUUUCUCCCUUAAGGAUGCAGCAAAGGAUUGGUUAUACUACCCACCUGCAGGAAGUAUCACAACGUUGGCCCAACUUAAGAAGAAAUUUUUGGAGAAAUUUUUCCCUACAUCCCGGGCUGCAAGUCUGAGAAAAGAGAUAUGCAGCAUUAAGCAGUAUCCUGGAGAGUCUCUAUAUGAUUACUGGGAAAGGUUCAAUAAGUUGUGCACUAGAUGCUCACAACAUCAAAUUAGUGAACAACUAUUGAUCGAAUAUUUCUAUGAGGGACUCCAAUCGUCCGACAGGAGUAUCAUUGAUACUGCAAGUGGGGGAGCAUUAGCGAACAAGACACUAAGGGAAGCAUGGCUACUCAUUGAAUCGAUGGCAGAGAAUUCUCAACAGUUUGGCUUCCGUGAGAGUAACCCUACCCGUAGGGUCAACGAGGUAGAGACGUCAUCCAUUCAGCAACAAAUAUCGGAGCUGACAUCUUUUGUACGACAAUUAGCUAUGGAAAACAUGCAUCAAGCAAAGGCCUGUGGAAUUUGCACAAAUGUGGGCCACCCCACUGACUCCUGCCCUAUGUUGCAAGAGGAUGGGGCUGAACAAGUGAACAUGGCUGGAGGCGUACCCGCGCCUCGAAAACCGUACUACCCAUACUCCAACACGUACAAUCCGGGAUGGCGAGAUCACCCCAAUUUCAGCUAUGGGAAUAGGCCACAGAACUCAUUCUCUAAUCGUCCACCAGGAUUCCAACAAUCGUGGCAACAAAAGCCUCAACCCUCGUCCUCCAACUUAGGGAGUUCCCUGGAGGAAAUUGUCAAGAGUUUGGCCAUGACCACUACUCAACUCCAGCAAGAGACUAGGUCCUUGGUCGCGAGUACUACUCAAUUUCAACAGGACACCAAAGCAGGCAUGAAAGACAUGGAAACUCGAAUGAGUCAAAUGGCAACUGCCAUUAAUCGCCUGGAGUCCCACGUCUAUGGAAAAUUGCCUUUGCAGCCUGAGGCAAACGCCAAAAAUGUAAGUGCCAUUACAUUAAGGAGCGGCAAAGAGGUAGAGGGGCCUAAGACCACGAACCUGAAAAGUAAGAAUGAAAAUGAGAUCGAAAAGGAGAUGGAAGAAGAAGGACGCAUCCAUGGCAACCCUGAGGUAACUCUUACUCCACCAAUACCCAUUAAAUCUAAUUCACCUCCUUUUCCAUACAGGUUGGCGAAUACGAGGAAGGCGGAAAAGGAGAAAGAGAUCCUGGACGUAUUCAGAAAGGUGGAGAUCAACAUCCCUUUGUUGGAUGCGAUCAAGCAAGUACCGAAAUACGUGAAAUUCCUCAAGGACUUGUGCACCCAUAAGAGGAAGUUGAGAGGGGAUGAAAGAGUAGCGGUAGGGGAGAACGUGUCGGCCAUGAUCCAAAGGAAACUUCCACCCAAGUGUGGAGAUUCAGGUAUGUUCACGAUUCCCUGUAAGAUAGGGAAUACACCGAUCAGGAGAGCCAUGCUAGAUUUAGGGGCGUCAAUUAAUGUGAUGUCAAAAACUAUUUUUACUUCUCUAAACCUUGGGCCACUAAAAGAAACAGCCAUUAUAAUCCAACUAACUGACCGCAUGAAUGCCUACCCAGAGGGGCUAGUUGAGGAUGUUUUAGUCCAGGUAAAUGAAUUAGUCUUUCCUGCAGACUUUUAUAUCCUGGACAUGGGAGAUGAAAAGUCGUUAAAUCUAUCGCAUAUUUUGUUAGGUAGACCGUUUAUUAGUACUGUCAGGACUAAGAUAGAUGUGAAUAAGGGUACUUUAUCAAUGAAAUUUGAUGGUGAAAGGGUGCAUUUUAAUAUUUUUGAGGCAAUGAAGUAUCCAGAGGAUUCUAACUCAAUCUUUGCUUUGAGUGUUAUUGAACCUCUUGUACAGGAAACGUUCGAGUUAGGUGGUGAAGACGCACUACAAGUGGCCCUAACACAGCAUCUUGAGUUGGGAGUGACCCUUGAUGUGGACAUGAGGGAUAAGUUGCACCAUGCUGUGGAAGCCUUACACUCACUCCCAACCAUUCAACCCAGGUAUGAGCUCACUUCCCUUUUUGUGCGGGAAACUCACGCAAAAUUAUUGCUAUUGGUGGUGCAGGCACCCGAAUUAGAAUUCAAACCUCUCCCGAAGCAUUUGAAGUAUGUAUUCCUGGGAGACAGAGAGACACUUCCUGUGAUUAUCUCUGCUCAUCUGUCUCCAAGUCAGGAGGAAAGAUUGGUGCGACUCCUUAAAGAUCAUAAGGAGGCAAUUGGGUGGAGUAUAGCCGAUAUCAAAGGGAUAACCCCGUCCUUGUGCAUGCACCGGAUAAGACUCAAGGAUGAUGCAAAAUCGGUGAGGCAAGCACAGCGAAGACUGAACCCCUUAAUGAUGGAGGUUGUGAAGAAGGAGAUAUUCAAACUCCUGGAGGUGGGGAUCAUCUUCGCUAUUUCGGACAGUCCCUAG